UCUCUUCCUUUCCAAUCCACGGCCCUUCCCCGUUUAGAAAAAAAAUUAAAAAAAAAAAUAUGAAGACUCCGACCAAACUCGCGUUCUCCGUUCUCGUCUUGGCCGCGGCGGCAGCCACGGUCAUCGCUGUGCCGGCCAAACCCGACACCGACAGCAAGGUAAAUUACGUGUUCACCCCUCAUGCAAAAGCCGUGGCCGGGAUCUGCCGUGUCGUGCAAGACAAGCGUCUCUGUUGCAAAACCCUAAAAAACGUCCCAACCGACGACCCCAUCCAGCUCAUCAGAUCCAUGGCUUCCGCUGCUGAGACCGAAGCCAAAAACAGCCUGAAAUUCCUCGACGGGAUCAAACCAAAGUACAAGGGCAAGGAGUUUGCCAUCAACAGCUGCGAGAAAAAAAUUAAUUACGCGCUGGAUGAUUUCUCGGAUUUCUGGAAACUGGCCGGGAAGGAUCUGACGAGCAUGGCGAAGAAUUACUUCACGUGCAAGCAGAAGAUAACUUCGAUCUUCGGAUACUACUCGACAUGCCUCGACGACAUGAAGAACGUCGACAAGAACCUUAAGAAAGAGGUUGAAAGUGGGAUCGGUCUGGGGAAGAAUCUGAGCGGUGAGGCUUUGGAUGUUUACUCUGGUUUGAAUGAUAUCUUCAAGGGCUUCGGCAUUAAGGCGGCGCUUAACGACAAAGGAACCGACUCCUUGGAACCGCCUCCCAUUUCGUACUAUUACUACUGAUGAAGAAUACGUAUGUACGACGUCGAUGGCGACUUGAACGUAGGACGGGUUCUGUCUGUGAUGUAUUGUUAUUAUUAUGGUACGUGUGCGUUAUAGGGAAUACAUAUAUGGGGCCGGAUUGGAAAGGAUGGAAACGCGGUGAUCAAAUACUGUUGAUCUUGUUUGGUCCACGUAUAUAAUAUGUUAUUAAUUCUUUGCGCUACAAACAAUCAUUUAUAUAUAUAUAUAUAUUGUACA